AUGAGUUCUUUCUGGGCUAACAACAAAGACUCGAUCAAAUCAGGGUUAGUAUCCGCUGGGAAAUACGGUUACCAAGGGACGAAAUACGUUGCCAAAACAGGGUAUACUGCAGGUAAGAAACAUUACAACGAUAGCAAGAGUAAAAGAGGGGGUAAAUCAUCUUCUGGAAAUCGUCAUCGUAAACACAAGAAGAAGAAGGAUAAAGAUGAUAGUGACUCUGAUUAUUCUGACUAUUCGGAUAAUGAGGAUUAUAGAGCUCAACCUACUAGUGUGGAAAAUUUGAAAGAUCCAAGAUCUUUUCCCCCUCCUCCCCUGAAACCUGGUCAACAGAACUACACUUCUCAAUCAAUGACAAAUAUGAGUGGUAUUAAUGGCUUUCAACCCAAUAGUAAUAUAAAUAUGGGAAAUAAUUCAAUGAAUUCCUCAUAUUCAAACAUUAACCCUCAAUAUAACAACAAUGGUCCAGCUAUUAGUAACGGCAAUAGUUUUUCUAACACUUCUCAAAGUUCGAUACCUUCUCAGUACUCACAACAAACGCAGCCAAUGCAACAAGGUAUGCAACCACAGGGGCAACAAUAUUAUCAAAUGCCAAAUCAAAAUCAACCAGGUAUGCAACAACCAGGUCAAAUGCAAGGGCUGCUUCAAAAUCAACUGCCGCAACCACAAUCUCAAAAUCCGAAUCAACAGACAUAUCAACAACCUUCUCAGUCCCAGCAACAGCAACAAAAUCAUUUUCAGCAGUAUCAGCAACAAAAUCAACCACAGUUCCAACAAUUACAAGGACAAGAACCGGAGUUAAUUCCACAGCAAAAUAAUUAUCAACCCCAAUUUAAUAAUCCACAACAAAAUUAUAAUGACGUUCAAAAUACAAUGAUUAAUCAACAACCACAACAACAACAACAGCAGGAACCACAUCAGCCAUGGCAGUAUAUCACCAGUGACAAUUCCACUGGAGUAGAAAAUAAUGAAUCCCAAGGUCAACUUUCACUACAAGAACAAUUGGGACAACAAUUGCAACAGAAAUUACAGCCUACACUGAAUACAACAAACCCUACAGCCAUGCAAUCACAACCAAAUGAACAACGUGGAGCAACCGCAUUUACUAGGGCAUCUAUGAGCCCACCAGGCGUGCCUCAAAGACAACAACAACCAGUUAAUCCACAGAUGCAACAAAUCCAACAAAUCCAAACUCAAUUUAAUCCUACAGAUCAACAAUUACAACAACAGCAACAAUUGCAACAGCAACAACCCAUUCCUUUCAAUUCCAACUUUACCAGGCCAACUUUUCCAACUCCAAAUCAAAACAAUAUGGCAUUACAAGGAGAGAUGCAGAAUCCACCAUUAUUAGCAGCUAGGGGAGAAAACUCACUACCUACAUCUCAAAAUAGUUCUACUCCACAUUUUGAAGUGCAUCCUUACAAUUUGGAGAAUCCUGAAGAAAAUAAUUCUCCAAAGAUAACAAUACCUCAAUUACCAUUGUCAGCAUUGGCUCCUCCACCGACUCAUAGAGAUAGGGGCAACAAUCAAUCCUCACCUCAACCAAGCUCACCAUCAUUAUCAUCAUCAUCAACAACAACAACAACAACAACAAAGACUUCUUCUCAACCAUCAAAACCACGUAUACCAGUCAGAAAAGUUCCAACAACACCUAACCUUCCUUCUACAGGUGCAUCAGCCCCCAUCACAAUGACAAAUAAUGUCAAGGAAGAGGGAGACGAAGAACAAGAACAAGAAGAAUCCAGUGAUGUCAACAAAAACUCGUCUAUAUCGGGGAUUUAUGAUGUCACAGUUGAUUUACCACCACCACCAAAACCGUUUAGACAUACUGCUCGUAAUGCAGAACAUAAACCAUUGCCAAAAAAAUCAAUAUCAUAUUUAACACCACAUCCGGAACAGAAUUUCCCAAAUGAUGAUUCUCUACCUAAGGAAACACCUCCAUUAUCAUCAUCCUCCUUUACUGCUUCUGGAAAAUCACUUGCAAGAACAAAUACUGAACCAAAUUUACCACAGAGAAAUUCACAACCAGCAACUACCGUCAGUAAAACUCCGGGCAAAUCUACAUCAGGUGAUGAGCCUCCAAAAGCAGCAAUUUUAGGUAGUUACAACGUAACUGUUGACAUGCCGCCACCACCAAAACCAUUCAGGCAUGCAGCAGAUAUUGAAAUGAUUGAAAGAAAGAUGAAAUCAAAACCUAAUUCCAAUUCAAACUCUAGUAUAGGAACUCCAAGAGGACAAAUUAACAAUACAUCAGAUUCAUCCUUACCUGUUACUAAGAGCUCUCGUGGACCACCGCCAGUCCCAAAGAAAAAAGUGAAUAUAACACUAGAUAAAAAUGUUACUUCUUCUUCUUCUUCAACUGCUGAAACUGCUAAUGACAAUCAUAAGAAUGAUGUACCUAUUUCAGAAUUUGCACCUCCUCCAAAACCAUUCAGACGUGAUACUAGUGCAAGUAAUAAUAACAACUCAAAGGCUAAACAUAACAACGUAUUAUUAUCUGGAGACCCUGUAGACCUUCAUUCCGCCAUUGUUGAUUCUUCUACUGACACUAACUAUAGUGUAAACGUACAUGAUAUAUCCAAUAAAAGGAAAGAAGAUCAUGAAGCGUUUGUAUCGAAGACAAAAUCAGUACUAUCAUCAUUCCCACCACCUCCAAAACCUCAUAGAAGGGAACAAAAAGAUAUACGAGUUGAUGAACAGGAUGAGUUUUUUGAUGCUGAAAAUGGAUAUGGUAAUGAUGGAGAUUCAGAUCCUGGUCUAACUCCAGCAUUACCAACAAGACCUACUACUACUGAGCCUUUUGGAACAGACACGAAACUCUCGAAGAGGAAGCCACCUCCACCGAGAAUUAAGUCUAAACCUAAGAAUUUAUCUAUGAAGAACUAUGACAACCCAGAAAAUGAUAAGAAAAUAUCAAAUGGGCCAGGCUUAGGUGAUAUUAGUGAUGAAUUAGCCAAUUUGAAAUUGAGAAAGAUACACGACGUUUCUUCUACCACCACUACAAGUCAACCAACGAUACACCCUCCUGUUCCUAGGAAAAAGGAGCAUGUUGCACCUCCUCUACCAAAGAAGAACGGAACUUUAAAGCAUGUACCACCACCUGUGCCAAAGAAAAGAAUAGCUUUAAAAUCUGAAGAGCGCUUUUCGUCCGGGAAGGAUGAUGAGGAGGAGGCAAACCCAUUUGAGAAGUACUUAAAGGAUGCGGUUCCAAUGGAGAAAGACAGAUUACAUAAAUGA